ACAGGUUGACUUGUUGAUUCCUACAGUAAGCCGGAUGCUUGGAGGUUCCUAUUGGCCGAUCAUAGCUUUACUCGCAGCAUGAUGAAAUGCUGAGUUUUUACUUUCUUACUCAGUUCUUCAGAACCUCAUCUUGCUUUCGCUAAUCAUCUGGUGUUACCCUUCUCUCUGUUCCCGGCUCCGGAAAUAUGGCCUUACAGAGAAUGGAGAAAGCAAACGAAGAUGCAAAUCUUCCCGACAAUGAGCAAGAAGAAUUCUCGAAAUCCUUUGUUUGCUGCGUUUGCCUGGAUCUAUUAUGCAAGCCUAUUGUGCUGCCUUGCGGCCACAUAUCCUGUUUCUGGUGUGUCCACCACUCAAUGAGCCCCCUUUUUGAGUCUCAUUGUCCAAGUUGUGAGCAUCCGUAUCAUCACUUUCCUGCAAUCUGUUGGAUGCUUCACUUCUUGCUUCUGAAGAUGUAUCCUGUUGCUUACAAGAAAAGGGAAAUUCAAAGUCUUGAGGAAGAAAAGAAAGGGGGCUGCUACUCUCCUCAAUUUGAUGGUGAUAAUCUUGCAUCAGAAGUUAAGCUUGAUCAUCUAGGUACUUCAUCUUCCUGCUAUACCGGGAAUCUGGUUUCCAACCCGCAGAAUAUAGGACUUUCUGCAAGUAUGGAGCCAUCAGGGUCAGAAACUGAAAUGCAACAUAAGGGAACCAUCUGUUCUAAAGAUGUUUUUGGUGGAACUCCUGAAGCUCUCGGGACUCCUGCUCAAGCAAAAGUGCUGCCUCAGAAUGAUAGGCAGCAGAGGAUAUCAGUUGCAGAUGUGAUGUGUUCAACAUGCAAGCAACUGCUUUUUCAUCCUGUUGUUCUUAACUGUGGUCAUGUAUACUGUGAGUCUUGCAUCAAGAACUCAGCUGAUGAGAUGCUUAUAUGCCAAAUUUGUCAACUUCCACAUCCAAGGGGAUUUCCAAAAGUUUGUUUGGAGCUUGAUAACUUUAUAAAGGAAGAAUUUCCUGAGGAAUAUGCAAAGCAAAGAGAUGCUGUUCAACUUAGGCAUAUCAACGAUAAACCUGAUACCCCUUCUUGUUCACUGAAUAAUGAUGGCGGAGGAAGAGCAGCAUUGUGGUCUGAUCCUCACUCAAAAGUACAUGUUGGAGUUGGUUGUGAUUUUUGUGGGAUGUUUCCAAUUGUUGGGGAUAGAUACAGAUGCAAAGACUGUAAGGAGAAGAUUGGUUUUGAUCUUUGUGCGGACUGUUAUAAAAUUCGCAGCAAGAUUCCGGGUCGGUUCAAUCAGCAGCACACUCCAGAUCACGAGUUUGAGCUUGAACAAAUCAACAUUAUCCAUAACAUAAUGAGACUGGUUACUGGACAGUUAGGAGAUGGUUCCAUUGAAAACUUGCCUAUGGAAAGCUUAGGAUUUAGACCUGAAGAUCCCAAUUUGGUGGUUGAUGCUGAUGGAGAACAUAACCAGAAUGACUCUGGCGGCACCAAUUGAGGAGUUGAAUUGACAAAAAUCCCAACUUCAUCUGCCGCUGUUUUGGUUGGGAAUCACUCACUAGUUUAUUUGGAAAAUGGCAGUUGAGGAACCAUCAGUAAAAUUAAGUUCUUUUUUUUUCUUUUUUUAAACGUGAGGAUCCAAAGUUUGAAGACAUCUUUGUUAACUUAUAUAUUAAAAGUGCUCAGUCUGGUUGUAUGAUGUUGAAGAAUUAUGAGUCAAGAAUGUUAUCAUAUGGUUUAUCUAAUACUGUUCUAUAUAUUCACCUUCAGUUUGGUGUCUUUGGAUUC